AUAUCAAUGUAAUUCUGUAUUAUGUUAUUAUUCACAGUCAAGAUUAAAAGAUGGAAGAUUUGAGAAAAAAGUUUGACAAGUGGCUCAUGAGAUACCAUAAUUACACGUACCAAGUGUACGAUGUCAAAAAUUUCAAAGCUCCCGAUUGGCGGAGUUACAAAGUGGACGAUUAUCCUGAACUUGUCAGAGUGCGCAACGCCCUUGCUUCUCAUGGGCUCAAGGAUCCCUGGUUGAGGAAUGAGUGCUGGCGCUUCAACCCGGCAUUUGGCGAGACGCAUCGCAACGUUCUCAGAACUGUCUUCAGAGGCUGGAAGCUUGGCUUGGUCGCUGCCGUGUCUCUGUACUUCGUAAAUAACGUUAUCUUUCCUGAGGAGCCUCAUCACGGCGACCAUCAUUGAUGCCCAAAAGUUUCGUGAGGGCUCAAGCUCGAUAAUGUUAGUGUGUUGCCUGAGAAGGCGCAGGUAUGAUGACGGUAAAGGUUUGCAAGUAUUUGCUAUUGUUUUUUCAGUUAUUAAUGAGAUUUGUUAUCCUUAACUACAUUUGAGUACUCGUAUUUGUUAUUCUCAACUAUACAUCGCUCAUAAUUGUAGCGUCUGCUGUGGGAACAUUAGCAGUAAAGUUAAACUUCAUCCUUUUCGUUGAAAGACUUCAAGUAUUGCCAAAGUUUGUACAUUGUGCUGCUACGACUGAAAAAUUUCUUUCCCCACAAAUGAGUUCAAUGUUUAGUCUGUUAAUUUUGGAGAUUUUUUACACUGAGCCGCUCGAAUACUAAAAUUUUAAUAGUAGGCUAUUUAUGAAUAGUGAAUUUCUAGCUGCAGAAUUAACCUGUAAUAAGAAAAGAUUUGCCUGUAAAUACAAUAUAAUUGCUUA